UGCUGCUGGCAGAGAAGAGGCUGUUUUUCUUCUUCUUGCUUAUCAAUCAGACCGUUGUCCACAAGCAGCUGCUCUUUCAAUGUGGGAUACAGUUUUAGUGCUUUCGCCAGGCUGAAAUCCUCCAGGGUCAGGACCUCACUCAUGGCAGCUUUGCUCCUUGGGCUGCUGCUUUUUGCAAUGCAGUCCCCGCCAAUCCCCUCCAGGCCAGUGGCCGACGGCGACGCCGGGCCACCUUUACCUCCAACCUCAUCACCCGCUGACAACGGGACCACCAGCCAUCCAAAUGGGACACUCCAGCAACUUCCUCAUAUUCUAAUUAUUGGCGUGAGGAAGGGAGGAACACGGGCGCUGAUCGAGAUGCUCAGCCUGCACAGCUCGGUGGCUGCAGCGCAGAACGAGGUGCACUUCUUUGAUUGGGAAAGUCACUUUCAGAGGGGCUUGCCUUGGUAUCUCAGCCAGAUGCCGUACGCUUUCCCCGACCAGCUGACGGUGGAGAAGACGCCGGCCUACUUCACCUCCAGCAAAGUCCCUAAACGCAUCCAUCAGAUGAACCCUGACAUCAAGCUGCUGCUUAUCCUCAGAGACCCCACAGAGCGGGUGCUCUCGGACUACACCCAGGUCUUUUACAACCGUCUCCAGAAACACAAGCGCUACCAGCCCAUCGAGUCUGUGCUGGUGAAGGACGGUGAGAUCAAUCUGGGAUACAAGGCUCUCAAUCGCAGCCUUUACUAUGUCCACAUGCAAAACUGGCUGCAAUACUUCCCACUGGAGAGCAUUCAUAUCGUGGAUGGGGAUGAAUUAAUCAGAGACCCCUUACCUGAGAUGAAAAAGGUGGAGAGGUUCUUAAAGCUGGAGCCUCAAAUAAACGCUUCAAAUUUUUACUUCAAUAAAACGAAAGGAUUCUACUGUUUGAGAGACCACGGGCGAGAGCGGUGUUUACACGAUUCGAAAGGCAGGGCUCACCCUCACGUGGCUCCUGCCAUCCUGCAAAAACUCUACCAGUUCUUUCAUGAACCCAACAAGAAGUUCUUUGAGCUGGUGGGUCAAACAUUCAACUGGAAGUGAGUGUCUGUAGUUGGUUGUAGAGUUUCGUGGGGAAAGCGUGGUUUUUCCACACUAACAGUGUAGACAGAGAGUCAACGCUAAUGUAAAAUUAAAGUAAAUCUAUUUUUGUACUAGUGUGUUUGCUACAGAAGUAUGAUCCAGCCAAAUAUCAGGGCCGACUGCAUUUUAAGACGUGCUUUUAGUGCAUGUCUUGUUUUUCUUUGCUAAACACACGUUCUCUGUAUUUCUGUGCUGUUACACACUCACUCUGCUGUUCAGCCCCUCUGGACAAAGACGACUGACUAUGACGUCGAUAAUGAUAUUCAGACUGUAGACUGUGAUAAUGUGUUGCAUCAAAAUUAGUACCGAGCAGUUUAAUAUUGUCAUGCCCUCUUUUUCUCACUUCACAUGACAUCAUUCAUGUUUAACUGCAUUUUUAGUGCUACGAAGGACCUUUUAUCUGCUGCUAUUUGUUCUCCUUUUUCAGUCACGUUCAGGCAAACGCCACUGAAUAUGUAUUUGUUCUCCUUGUUACUCACGUUUCCUCAUGUAAGAGUCAAACAUGCUGUAUGCACAUCAUCUAUUGCUGAUUAUUACUGUAAUUAUUGUUUUUUUUAAGUGAAGAAUUAAUACCAUAAUA